GACAAGCGUUACGUGUUACUGAACAGAGAAGGGAAGGGUAUCAAAUCGCGUGAUUUACUUAGACGUGGAGGAUUCCUUGCUAACCUCCCGCGCUAGUGUGCCAGGAAAUGAACGUGCAUUGGGUCCAGCUGGUGCGGCGGUGGACGGAGAUGGUCACCGAAAGAUCACACGAGCAACAAGCUCUGUUGAAAGUCACCAAGGCCGUGACUCUCGGAUUCCUCGUGAUAACGAUGUUUAAUGACGCCCAAAGUCAACAUGGGCCGUGCUUCGGGUGUGAAGAGUACCGCCAGACUCACCCCAACUCUCACCCUUACGAAAAGGUCAGAGGUCGGUGUUCUUACCCAUGUCACUGUCCAUCGGGUAAUCCCAUCUGUCCAGAGGGUGUCGCGAUCGUCACCGACGGAUGUGGCUGCUGUCCUGUUUGCGCCCGCCAACAAGGAGACGUGUGCGACAAGGUGAACGUAUGCGACGACAACCGAAACCUGAAGUGUUUCUACCAGGCCCCGCUCGAUACGACAGGAAUAUGUAACGCUCGGAAGGAAAUUGGUUGUCAAGUAGGCGGCGUGUCCUACGCAGAUGGAGAGACUUUUAAGCUGGACUGUAAAACCAAGUGCACGUGCCAAAAUGGAUCGUACGGGUGUGUGUCCCUGUGUCCUCACGAGAACAUCCGCCCUUCCCCCAAAUGCCGAAACCCUCAACUUGUACGAAUAACUGGAGCGUGCUGUAAAGAGUGGUUAUGUGAACCGAACGAAGAAAAGAUAGGUGGCUGUAUCCGACACUUCUCGCCAUGGAGCACGUGCUCAGUGACGUGUGGAGUAGGAAUAUCAUACAGGAUGACAAAUGACAACAACGACUGCUUGCCGCGGAGGGACACAAGGUUGUGUCAGCUGCGGCCUUGUGAGACCGUCCCCAUGGAAACAGGCGAAAGCACAGCGAUUCGUCAUGGCCGAAUGAGGCGCCACCGUCACUGCCGGAGUACAGUAAAAAGUUCUUUUCCCGCCAAACUCACAGACGACGGAAACUGUACCAGUGUCAGGGCUUAUCGUUCAACGUUUUGUGGGAUGUGUUCCGGGUACCAGUGUUGUCAACCUCAGUUGUCCACUACGGUCAAAGUGCCCUUUCGUUGUGGUCAUCCCGACGGCGAAACUGAAAACAUUGUUUCUAAGAACGUAAUGUUCACAGUCAAAUGUGUGUGUACAGACCACUGUUGAAAACGUCUUGGUGAAAAACAAAUGAUUAAAAAAACUACAAAAACCUAUUUUAUAAAAUGAGCUUUGUAUUUAUCAGAUUUUGAAAGUCAUAUUCCUAGUUAAGUGAAUUUAAAUCUAUGUUAUAAACAUGCAUACCAACUAGGCUUCUCUUCGUGUGAUCAUUUAUCAGAGAUAAUGAUGAAAUACGAUUUAGUUUAAGUAAUUAUAAGAGUUUUGAAAAAGCAAGGUUUAGUCAUGUGAUUAAAAAUGAUUUAGGAUUGAGGUUAAAACAAGGUUUAGUCAUGUGAUUAAAGUAAGAUUUAAUCAUGUGAUUAGAAGAGUUAGAUUAAAAAAGAUUUAGGAUUGAGGUUAAAACAAGGUUUAGUCAUGUGAUUAAAAGGAUUGUAUUAAAAUAAGAUUUAAUCAUGUGAUUAGAAGAGUUAGAUUAAAAAAGAUUUAGGCUUGCGGUUAAAACAAGGUUUAGUCAUGUGAUUAAAAGGAUUGGAUUAAAGUAAGAUUUAAUCAUGUGAUUAAAAGGAUUGGAUUAAAGUAAGAUUUAAUCAUGUGAUUAGAAGAGUUAGAUUAAAAAAGAUUUAGGAUUGAGGUUAAAACAAGGUUUAGCCAUGUGAUCAAAAGGAUUAGGUUAAAGUAAGAUUUAGAUUUGUGGUAAUAAAGGUUAUAUUAAAUUAAGGUUUUUAUCAGUGAUCAGAAGGGGUUAAGAUUUAUUCAUCUCAGUAGAUGGGUUGGAUCAGAGUAGGAUUUAAUACUAUGAUUAGAAGGGUUAGAUUAAAGCAAUGUGAUAAGAUCUGGUCAUUCAUAUGAUUAUAUGACAGGAGCUGUAGUAGUGGGUCAUUCAUAUGAUUAUAUGACAGUAGUGAACCGGUCAUUCAUAUGAUUAUAUGACAGGAGCUGUAGUAGUGGGUCAUUCAUAUGAUUAUAUGACAGGAGCUGUAGUAGUGGGUCAUUCAUAUGAUUAUAUGACAUGAGCUGUAGUAGUGGGUCAUUCAUAUGAUUAUAUGACAGUAGUGAACCGGUCAUUCAUAUGAUUAUAUGACAGUAGUGAAGUGAGAAUUAUUUCGUGAUUAUAAUGUGAUAAAAGUGAUUAUUUUUAAAAGACUGUCACAAAUUAAUAUUCCGUUAUAUAAUUGUUACACGAGUUGUGAUAAAUUAGAAUUUAUUCCCGAUAUUUCAUAACAAAAGGUUGUAUUAAAGCAGGAAGUAUUCAAGUAAUUAUGUUGUAAGGGUUGUGGUAAAACAGAAUUUAGUUUGUUCAAGAUUUCUCGAGAAAAGGCUGAAUGGAUUAGGACGUAAGUUGGUAUACAUUUGAACAAUGACUCAACUUAGAAGUGGUUAAUUUUUGUUAGCAUGGCGACCGAUUUCUGCUCUAUAAUUCAGUCAAAAAAUGGUCGAAUUUUGAUGAAACGUUUGUGGACAUAUGUGGUAUAUCAUUGUCCUGACAAAAAUGGUCCGUGUCCGUUGAUAACGACGUACAUACGAACAAACAAUCCUAUUUUUUGCGGGCCGAAUAUGAUCAACUCUGCGUGGCUUGGCGGAGCUAUGUGAUCUACUGUGUGCCCCCCCCCCUCUAGUUUUAAGGACUACUAUAAGGUUGUUUUUGUAUUCAUUGGAGACCUCUGGUGAUGCGACUGAUUCUACUUUCUAUGAUAGUGUAACGUGGCUGAUACAGUAAAAGGAAAAUAAAAUAACUUGUAAAGUAAGAUCUCCGGUUGUUAGGAUAUUACUGUUAUCGUUACUCGUUUAUAUGUCAAAAAAGUGAGGACCCAAUUAUUAAAUAAACGGUGAGGCUAGAUACCUGGUAAUGUGGUUAUUACAGAAAUUGUGAGGUUAGAUACCUGGUUAUUACAGAAAUUGUGAGGUUAGAUACCUGGUUAAUACAGAAACGGUGAGGUUAGAUACCUGGUUAAUACAGAAACGGUGAGGUUAGAUAUAUGGUUAAUACAGAAACGGUGAGGUUAGAUAUAUGGUUAUUACAGAAACGGUGAGGUUAGAUACCUGGUUAUUACAGAAACGGUGAGGCUAGAUACCUGGUUAAUACAGAAACGAUGAGGCUAGAUACCUGGUUAUUACAGAAACGGUGAGGUUAGAUACCUGGUUAAUACAGAAACGGUGAGGUUAGAUACCUGGUUAUUACAGAAACGGUGAGGUUAGAUACCUGGUUAAUACAGAAACGGUGAGGUUAGAUACCUGGUUAUUACAGAAAUUGUGAGGUUAGAUAUAUGGUCAAACAACUGGUAACGUCUAAUAUCUAGUUGUAAUCUGGUUAAAUUACUGGUAACGUCUAAUAUCUAGUUGUAAUCUGGUUAAACUACUGGUAACGUCUAAUAUCUAGUUGUAAUCUGGUUAAACUACUGGUAACGUCUAAUAUCUAGUUGUAAUCUGGUUAAACAACUGGUAACGUCUAAUCUCUAGUUGUAAUCUGGUUAAAUUACUGGUAACGUCUAAUAUCUAGUUGUAAUCUGGUUAAAUUACUGGUAACGUCUAAUCUCUAGUUGUAAUCUGGUUAAACUACUGGUAACGUCUAAUAUCUAGUUGUAAUCUGGUUAAAUUACUGGUAACGUCUAAUAUCUAGUUGUAAGAAAUGGGUGAAUUAGAUUAGUAUUCAUGUUGAUCAAGAAGACAUUUAUCUUAUCAUGUAUAUAGUCCUACCAAAUUAUGAUGUGUAAAAUUGUAUUGUAAACGUACUUCUAAUAAUGGAUAAGCUGGACGAUCUUAUUGUAAACAAACUUCUAACACUUUAUGAGAUGCAAAAUGUUAUUACAAACAUAGUUCCAACAACGCAUGGACUAUUAAAUCUUGUUUCAACAACGCAUGGCCUAUUAAAUCAUGUUCCAAAAAUACAUGGCCUAUUACAUCUUGUUCCAACAAGGCAUGGCCUAUUAAAUCAUGUUCCAACAACGCAUGGCCUGUUAAAUCUUGUUUUAAACUUAUUCCUAUAUUGUAUAAGUUAGAAAAUCUUAUUGCAAGCGGAAUUCUAACAAUGCAUAACCUGGAAAAUCUGGUUAUACACGUAUUUCCAUAUUGCAUAAGCUAGAAAAUCGUAUUUUUAAUAAACUCCUAACAAUCUUGAAAUGGAAAAAUCUUAUUGUAAACGUACCCCUAACAAUCAUGAAAUGGAAAAAUCUUAUUGUAAACGUACCCCUAACAAUCUUGAAAUAGAAAAAAUCUUAUUAUAAACGCAGCCCUAACAACGUAUGAGCUAGCAAACCUUAUUGUAAACGUGGCCCUAACAACGUAUGAGCUAGCAAACCUUAUUGUAAACGUAGCCCUAACAACGUAUGAGCUGGCAAAUCUUAUUGUAAACGUAGCCCUAGCAACGUAUGAGCUGGCAAAUGUUAUUGUAAACGUAGCCAUAACAACGUAUGAGCUAGUAAACCUUAUUGUAAACGUAGCCCUAAGAACGUAUGAGCUGGCAAAUCUUAUUGUAAACGUAGCCCUAACAACGUAUGAGCUGGCAAAUUUUAUUGUAAACGUAGCCCUAAGAACGUAUGAGCUGGCGAAUCUUAUUGUAAACGUAGCCCUAACAACGUAUGAGCUGGCAAAUCUUAUUGUAAACGUAGCCCUAAGAACGUAUGAGCUAGCAAAUCUUAUUGUAAACGUUAGAUGAUAAAUAAUUCAUAUAAAAGAAACACUGUUCAUCAUCUAAGCGUCAUUUUCUAGUAAACAUAUCCAAAGAAAUAUUGUCGAAAUAUACGUAAUUAUGAUAUCAUUUAUCCACAAGGGGGCACAACAACAAUAUGGCCGAUCUUUAAUAGGCCUAACGUUGGGACCAUAUCAUGGAAACUAUCUUAGUUUGCUGUUAUCACAUAUUCGGUAAAUAACGUGACCAUCUAUCUAAACUUAUCACAUUUAGCUGUGAUGGUUCUUUAAAACGUCACAAGCUUUACUUUGUAUAUCAGAGUGGAGUGCCUGCAAUUAUGUAAGAUACAAAUCAACCUGACUAUGAAAUUUUUUUUCUUUUCCUUUCUCUUCGUACCAGCAGUAUAAAUGUUCUAGAUUUAUAUAUGUAUGUGCUAUAUUUCUAAAUGUUGGUUUUAAACUUCUAAUACCUUAGGUAAUAUCCUAACUGGUAAACAAAACAACUGGUUAUUUAUAAUAUAAGUGUAUUACUUGUGUAACGUUCCUCUACCGAGUGAUUUUGGAAGUUAAUCGUGAAGAAGAAGAAGAAAACGCCAAUGAACACGUGUUAAACACAUAUAUAAUUCCACGUGCAAGUACAGCGUCGACUUUGGAAGGUAUAUUUAAUUAUACUUCUGUCUGUUUUCACUGUGAAUAAACUGGAAUUAUCUUUAU